CCGUGGACACGAACAUUUAUCCAGAUACGAGUGUGUUACUUACCGACGCAGAUUUGCUGUACGCGGUCGAGCAGGGUAGUUUGGACUUCAUGAAGAACAACGGGCUGGUGAACAUCACCGGCACAGCGGCUAUGGAGAACGUGACUUUGGAAUUAGGUCAAAAUUCCUCCACCAACACGUCCUAUCUCGAGACCGUCGCGUCCUUCGGCAUGCGGGGGGACAACGAGACGCAGAACAGCAUGGUGUCGGCCUGGCCCGCGGGGACUUUGUCGACCGCGCAGGUGGACGCACUGGCAAAGGCGAUUAACGCGACUUUAGUGUCGUUGAACAUCCCAGGUGUGGAAUUGGGACAAAUUGCGCCCUUACCGGCGCCGACGACCACGACGACAACCACAACCAGCACUACGACAACCACCACGACCACGCUGCCGCUCGGCUUGCGGCAGUUCGACAUUGAUUUGACGAUCGACGAUAGUGUCAUAAUCGCUGCCGACGCCGUGGUGAACGACACGCUGCUCGACGCUGUUGCGCAGGGGUCGGUGGACUACUUGGUGGAUGCUGGGUUGUCCGAUUUGAACAUUAGUUACAUCGAAAACCAAACACUGACGAUAAAGUCCGAGAAUGCGACCACAAACGUCGUGAAAGUCACAAGCGCCUUCGGCAUCCGCGGUCCGAGCUCGAUGCAAAUGGCGCUAGAUUCCGCUUGGGACCCGAGCGGCUUGGACGACGCGCAGUUGGAAUCCUUGGCAACUGCCGUGAACAAAACCGUGAUUGAUUCGGGUAUGGAGGGCGUGAAGGUUGGUGCGAUUGUUUCUCUACCAGCACCGACAACGACCACUACCACGACCACCACCACGACGACAACCACGCUAGGUCUGGAGCUCCGCGAGUUCGAUCUCGAUUUCACAGUCGACAGCAGCAUAUACCCAAACACAACGGAUUCGCUCACCGAUCAGGACUUGCUCGACGCGAUCAUGGAGGGGAGUUUGACCUUCAUGGAAGACAACGGGUUUGUCAACACGAGUGGGCUGGCGCAAGUCGAGAACCAAACGCUUACCUUGAAACCCGGAGCGAACACCACAGGCGACUACUUGGAGACGGUGUCCAAGUUCGGCAUCCGCGGCGAUGUCGACACGAUCGACUCUAUGCCGACGGCCUGGCCCGCGCAGACGUUGACGGUAUGAAGGCUCACAACUCUCCUUCCCCCGCAUUUGUCAUGCAAAAUACCUAAUCCACACCUUUGCCUUUAAGCGUGGCCAAUGGUUUGACAUCUCCGGUCCGCGGCACUUGCCUUUUUCGUCCGUGCCGCAGGUAAGGCACAAAUGGUCCAGCCUCGCCUGUCCGGGUGGGGUUGCGGCUUAAGGGAGAGUCUCGCCCCUUAGCCCAAAGGGGUGCGUCGUCUCUUCCGUGAGAGCAAAAACUUAAGGCGUAAAAUGGGUCGGGUCCUGGAUCGUUCUGUAUGUUGGGCUGUCGCGCUCGGCUAGCUGGCCGGGCUGUACUGAUCAGGUGUGGUGGGUAGCUCCCGACUGGUUGGCACUUUUAUUGGGGCGACUUGCCGUGGUAGCGCUCGGCUUUUGUAUGUUGAGGUCGCCGAAAGUGCUUCCUCGCCCACCCCCCGGGGAGGGGAUCCUUGACCUGUGGCGCUGGGUGCGGGUGUCCACUACAUGAUGAUGAUGAAGCACUCUGCGCAUGACAAGUUUUGAACCCCCAAAUAGGACUACAUUCCAAUUACGGAUUUGUCAUGCAAAAGCUACAUUUGUGGCAUUGCUUCUGUUGCUGCUCAUGCUAUACAAAUGAGGGGAAGUAGGGGGAGCUGUGCACUCUCAUAGACGGAUGCGCAGUUGGAUUCCCUGGCGAAGGCGAUCAACGACAGCAUGAUCGCGAGGGCUAUCGACGGGGUGGAGCUCGGGAAGAUCGCGCCGAAACCAGCGCCAACGACGACCACCACAACGACGACCACCACAACGACGACCACAACGACCACGACGACCACCACGACAACCACGUUUGAAACCGUGUUGCGGGAAUUCGAUCUCGAUUUCACGGUGGAUUCAGCGGUGAUUCCCGAUAAGAACACGCUGCUGACUGACGAUGAGUUGUUAAAUGCGGUCAUGGAGGGUUCUUUAAAGUUCAUGAAGGACAACGGCCUGGUCAACGAUACUGGGGAGGCCACUGUGGAGAACCAGACCCUCUCUCUCGCGCCAAACGCAAACGCGAGUGGUGAUUACCUCGAGACGGUUUCUCGGUUCGGCAUCAAGGGACCAAAUGAAACCAGCACUUCCAUGCCGACCGCGUGGCCGCCAGCGACCUUGACGGAUGCGCAGCUUGAGGAUUUGUCGAAAGCCAUCAAUGAGUCCAUGAUAGCAGCGAACGUCGCCGGGGUGAAAAUCGGAAAAAUCGCCCCUAAACCCGCUCCAACGACCACCACGACUACCACCACCACGACAACGACCACCACGACCACGACAACCACCUUCGAGACGGUUUUGCGGGAAUUUGAUCUCGAUUUCACGGUCGACACCGCGGUGGUUUCCGAUAAGAACACUUUGCUCACAGACCAGGCGCUCCUCGACGCGGUGAUGGCGGGGUCUUUGGACUUCAUGGAAGACAAUGGAUUCGUGAACACCACGGGAGAGGCGACAGUAGAGAACCACACACUUUCGCUCGCCCCGAACGCGAAUGCGAGUGGUGACUACCUCGAAACCGUUUCUCGGUUCGGCAUCAAGGGUCCGAACGACACAAUCAGCUCCAUGCCCUCUGCCUGGCCCGCGCAAACGUUGACGGACGCGCAGUUGGAUUCUUUGGGAAAAAAGAUCAACGAGUCGAUGAUCAAUGCGAACAUUGCUGGGGUGAAAGUCGGAAAAAUCGCGCCCAAGCCAGCGCCAACCACGACGACAACGACGACCACUACGACCACCACCACCACUUUCGAGACGAAGUUCCGUGCGUUCAACCUCGAUUUCACGGUGGACCCGGCCGUGGUCGCCGACAAAAUGGACUUGCUGAGUGACCAAAAUCUGAUCGACGCGAUCAUAGACGGGUCGCUCGACUUCUUGAACGCCAAUGGAAACUUCGACAAUUCGACCGGGGAAGCGACGGUUGAAAACGUCACCUUCAAGCAGGACCCGAACGCGACCAGCACUGGAGACUACUUGGAAACGGUGGUGAAGUUCGGAAUCAAGGGUCCAGAAACAACCAUUGACUCCAUGGCAGCCGCCUGGGACCCGGCAAAUUUGACGCAAGCCGAGCUGGACAGCCUGUCGGACGCGAUUAACCAAAC